AUGUUUGCAAACUUUACUCCGGACAUGUACAUAGUAAGACCAAAUGAGGCGGAUGCAGGGCACGCACGCCAAAAGAUACUGUUCAUCUUAGAUUCGGAUUCAAAUACGAACCAAAGUGAAAACUGCCUCUUCACCCUUCUCCUUUUCACCGUCAGAGGUUGUCAGCACUUGCAACCAUUUGUGCGCUCUCUCUCAUGUGGGUUUAAAAAUGUUCUGGUGGAGCAAUUUGAACUUAAGCUACCUGAGGAUAGGCAUUCUAAUUGGAUGUAUGAUUUACAUCGAGUUCUUUAUGCGUUGAUCAAAUUUGCUACUGCUGUCAGAUUUUGGGCAAAGAAUGGUCUUCUAGGAUUUGGUUUGAGGGACCGUGUGCGGUCUGAUGUGUCUGGAAUUUUGACCUUUAAGAAUUGA